CAAAGUCGUCUGGAGAGAACUGUGCCAGUCCCCCAUAUAAGCAUCUGACGUCACCAUUAGUAUGUAAGGCUCGGAGGAGCGACUGAUCAGCUGAUCAACAAAAAUACGUGAUGGCUGUUGCUAAGUACUUGGCUUUCGCCGCAUUCAUCAUAUUUGCCGGAACAGGCAUAGCAGUGGGAUACACUGGAGGAAGUUUGUUAACUGCCUAUGUUGCAUAUCUCUCCCCAUGGUUGCCAAGAUGGUUAUGGAUGGCUGUUUCAUCAGUUAUGACUUUAGGAGUGGCGAUUACAGCAACAAGCACUGCUGGUGCCAUUUCCACUCUUGCCCCAAACCCUAAAGCAUUCAAAACUUGUCUCUCCCUCCUCCUGCUUAUGGUGGUGACAGAACUGUGUGGGACAAUGUUUGUCUACAAGAAGCAGAACAUUUUGGGUGAGGCGCUUAGUUCUUUCAUGAAUAAUUCAAUGGAAGCUACUGCCAGUUCAUAUGGAACAGACCUGUCAAACACACAGCUUUGGGAUGAAAUCCAAAGUGAGAUGAACUGCUGUGGCAUAAAUGACUACAAGGAUUGGUUUGGUACUCCCUUUGGUAAUGGUACUGAUGUUCCUGAUUCAUGUUGCCUUCUUGUUGAAGAAGGCUGUGGCAAAGGGAUGGCUAAUGCUGUAGAUCCAGAUGAUGACAUCAUAACAGAGGGAUGUCUUCCUACAGUCGUAUCAAAUAUCAGCUUGGAUUACCACAGUCUCAGCAAGGGAGUCUGGCUACCUGUAUGUGCUAUGCAUGUUGCUCUUAUUGUUUUGCUGAUGGCGUCAUCUAUGUUCUUACAAGAGGGUAGUUACACAGCCACUAACCUCCAUGUUUAUACUGUGACAGCUUUGCAACCAUCACCAUCACACAAAUACCAUCCUUUGGAAGACUGUUGAAAAGUUGUUAAUUAAGUUCGAAUUUUUUUUCGUUUGCUUCAGAUUGAGUUUCCAAGAAUAAAUUUCAUGUGUAAACCAAUAUUUUUGUGAGCAAGUACUGAAACAUUAAAUUGGGAAUUAUAUAUUCUCUUUAAUUGGUUCUUAAGGUAAUUUGAAUAAUUUUUUACCAUGACAUUUGAAUGUAACACAAGUUUAUUGUUAGUUAUAAGCUUUUCAAAU